AAAAAUCUCUGGAAAAGUUGCUCAUCAGGAGCAGUCGUGUCUUAAAUUUAACGAAAAAGUGAAUAGCAUGGCAAAGGAAUAUCAAAGAAAUAUAUUUUCAAGAAAAAGUUUAAAAGAAACCUAAGAAACCAGAAUAAAAACUGUUUUACCCUUAACUGUGAUAUUCAAUUUAAAGAAUAGAAAGAUAUUAUUAGGAUACAAAUUUUAUUAAAAUUUAAAAUAUAAUUAAAUCAAUCAUGUGGUUUCUUAACUUCUUAAAUUCGGGAAUCUUUCAUAAAGAUUUUCGUCGCCAGCUGGUGGUCACAUUAAGCGCCACACUCAUUACAAUCUCUCAUGGCAUUGGAUUGGGUUGGUUGUCACCGAUGUUGCCAAAGCUGCAGUCGACCGAGGCGACGCCACUUGACUUUGUGAUUGAUGUGCAUGAGGCCUCCUGGUUGGGUGCUCUCAUCAGUUUGGGCGGUGUUUCGGGCAAUUUCUUCUUCUCUUACGUAAUGAAUCGCUUUGGCCGAAAGGUUUCCAUCUAUGGAUUGGCGUUGCCCAAUACGUGCAUUUGGUUUCUAUUUUACUUUGCAAAAUCCGUGGAGUGGUUAUACGUGGCCAGAGUAUGUGCAGGAUUAACUGGAGGUGGCAUGUUUGUCGUCCUUCCCAUCUUCCUUGGCGAAAUCGCAGACAACAGCGUACGUGGAAGACUCUGUUCGUUUUUCAAUUUGGCCAUGAAUAUUGGAAUAAUGAUAGGCUUCAUUAUAUCGUCAUAUGUGCCAUAUCAUAUUAUACCCUGCGCAGUGGUUUCUCUUCCCUUGCUUUACUUCAUCUUAUCCACACGAUUCCCGGAGCCACCUCAACAGUUGCUACGCUGGGGAAGAGAAGAGGCAGCUGAAAGGUCGUUGAAAUAUUACCGCAACUGCGAUGGUCCAUCGACCAGUAAUGAGGCCCAGAGGAGCUAUCAGAAGCAGUUUGACGAGAUGCGUCAGGCCAUUGAACAGCAAGUAAAGGAGCAAAACAACGAGAGCUUAAGCCUCACAGAUUUCUGUAACAAGAAUGCGUUGAAAGCAAUUGUGACUGGAUUGGUUUUAAUGAUUGCAAACAUCUUUACGGGCACAUUUGCAUUCAUCAACUACAUGUCCAACAUCUUUGAGGCGGUUCACACCCAACUGGAGCCCAAUACGAAUACGAUAAUUAUUGGUGCAGUUCAGAUUGUGGGAACAUUGGCUUCCAUCUAUCUGGUGGAUCGAUAUGGACGUAAAAUACUCCUUGUGGUUUCCUGUGCCGGCAGCGCCUUUGGCACAGCCGCAUUUGGUAUCUAUGCGUUCUACGCUGAGGAAACAGAUGCGGAUUUGUCAGCAUUUUCCGCCUGGCUGCCUGUCACUCUGAUGGCCUUUAUAAUAUUUGUUGCCAACGUGGGUGUCAUCUCAGUCACCAUGGUGGUUCUGGUAGAGGUUCUGCCCCACAGGAUAAGAGCAGUCGGCACAAGUGCUUGCCUGGGCUGUCUGAGCUUCUUUGCCUUCACAUCCUUGAAAGCAUUUCCCCUGAUGAUGCACUACUUUGGACUGGCAGCCACCAUGUGGGGCUGUGCUGCGGUCAGCGCCUUGUGCCUCUUCUAUGUCUCUGUCUUUCUUGAGGAGACCAAGGGCAGAUCCAUUUAUAAUUAGGAUCUCAUUCUGAAUAUUUACUUGCCUUUAUUCGAACAAAAUUUACCAUUUCUUAAUAAGAAUAAAUGUAAUUAAGUAACAAAAAUAUAGAAUUUAUA